CCAACAACGCACAACGGAAAAAUUUCGCAUAAAUAUUUAGAGAGAUUUAAAAAAAAUCUCAAAAACAAAAAAAUUGUAAUAAUAAAAAAGCAGAGACACGCAUUUUGCGUAUAAAAAACAGCGUUCGGAAUUCUUUCGCAAAAUGUGUGAACUUCUCUCUAAUAAUUGUGUGGGAAAAUCUGUGUAGAGUAAACAAGAAAGAACAAAUAAAGUGAACAACGCCAAAUACUAUACUGAUAAAAACUGAUGCAGUGUCAACAACAGCAAAAGUGGCAUACAUAUGGAGUGAAGAAGCAAUAAGCAAAACAAAGUGAAAUAAAUUUAAACUAAAAUAAAAUAUUGUUUUUAUAAAUUACAGUUUUAUAUAACUUUAUAUAACAAAAGUGCAACUAAAACAAGAAAUCAGCAGUGUUUAAUACUUAUUUGGUCUACAAUGCAUAGCCAUAAAGCGCUGUCAGCUGUCAGUUGACAAAUUGUGCGCGCUGCGUCGGGCAUAUAAGCAAUGAGCAGCGCGUUGCGUUUUAUUCCAAACUCAAUCAGCGACAUGCGGCCAAAACGCCGUGAAAGCGUUAACAAAUGACUGAUCGCGCGACCGUGCGCCGGUGAGGGAAUGAGUGCGCGCGUGUGUGGGUGAGACCAAAAACAGCAUUGUUUGCCUAAGAAUUGGUGCGUCUGAUCGAUCGAUCGACCGAAUGUUCGGCGCGUGUUUAUCAUAUUUAAUUAGCUCAUAACGCCCCUAAUAAAACGCGUCAAAAAGCAACAAAAAAAAACAAUAACAAAUUUCGAUAAAAAAUCCAUAAAAAGCCUCAAAUAAACUUUAUGAAAUUGUAAAUAAAUAAACGCAUAAAUAACUGCACAAACAAAAAAUGGCAACAAUUUGACAGCCAAUGAUGCAUGACAGUUUGUUUGGCCAAGUAGCAGCGUUGAAUUGUCGCAUAAACACAAACUCCAGAAAUACUAAAGACUCGACAUUAAUUAUGACGCACGCCCUACAAAACUCCACCGCCGACGCUGCGUUGCUGCCGCGCAAUUGCUCCGAUUCGCAUAUAGCGCGCUUGAACGCACAGAAGAAUCCCUCAAAACUGUUUCUUAUCAAGUCCUACAGCUUCAUCGAUAAGUCGCAGCGUAAACAUGCGUUGCCGCCAAAGACUAAGCAGCCGUCUGACGAUUUUCCGAGUUUACGUCAAAUAGACGCGCUAUUGCUCGACGGCGCGCACGCAAAAUCGCAAGCGAAACCCAAAAAUUUAGAAAAUUCAACAAAUGCGAAACUGAAAAAAUGCAAAGCGCCAACAACCGAUUCGGAUGAUGAGGAUUUCCGCGGUUUGCUGCGACAUCCAUCCGUCAUUGUGGAGGGUGUGGUGAGUGAAAUGCAUGUGCGCCCCAAAUCGAUGCCGAGUGCGAGCACGCGGAAGCCGCCAGACCCGGCGGCGCCAUCGCACACAGAGAAAUCAGACAAAAAAUCCAACAAAUCCCAACAGAAUGGCUUUAAACGCGAGUCGUUCUUACGUCACAGCCUGCAAUCGAUACGCCGCAGCUUCAGCGCGCACAAGCGGUUUCCCGGUUUCGGGCAUAAUGCCACAAACUCAGCGAAAACUUGCACAUCCUCAACAUCAUCGUCAUCAUCAACAUCGUCGACGACUUCAACAUCCUCCAAGUCCUCCUCCACCACCUCAACGGCGUCGGCGGACUCAAGCCACGCGUGCAGCAACGGAAAGUCGUUUAAAAAAAGUAAAAAUGUUGGCAUUACCAUAACGGUGAAUGGCAAUACCGACGCCCAUUGGGCGGAGGAGGAUGCAAACGCAAUUGGCAACUGUGAUAUUGAGGCGCGCAAGUUGAGGACGAGCGGGAAGCACUUAUGUAAAAGCGUCAGUACAUUUGCUGCAGCUCCCAACGAUUCUACUUCCAUGGCACCAUUGCAAAGUCACGCUGAAACGCAAAGUGUCACAACAUUGAAUUUGCAGGACAAAGAAACCUCGCCGAACGGCAGCAACUCGAGCAGUUCGAGCAGAACGCAAAAACAAAAGCAACAGCAACAACAUAAGCGGCAAAGCUCAAAUCAAAGUGAUAACUUCAAAACAGCCUAUUCGACGACAACAUCGGACAGUUCCAAACAGAACAAUUCGAAUAAUUAUCGAAGCGAAGGCGGCGGAUCGUUGAACCCAAUAGCGCCAAGCGGCUCCACAACCAGCAUACGCAGCGUAAGUGCCGUCACCAACACCACGGCGAAGCAUGAGCAAUCGACAGCGGCAGCAACGGCUGCUGCCGCCGCUACCACAGCGGUGCCUGCCGAGAAGGAAAAGAAGCGCAAAGAGGUCUCCAGUUCACGUGUGAAGAAAUUCCAUCGACACUUUACGCAGGUCUCCAAAGAUGAGAAGCUCAUCAAUUAUUUUUCCUGUGCGCUUGUUAGUGACAUACUGCUGCAGGGACACCUUUAUAUAACAGAUCAGCAUUUUGCAUUCUAUUCAAAUGUAUUUGGUUAUGUUACCAAGGUUGUCAUACCCACGUCGUCCGUGACGAAAAUCUCCAAAGAGAAAUUGGCAAAAAUCAUACCGAACGCCGUGGGUGUUGCCACCGCCGAUGAGCGGCAUGUCUUCGGUAGUUUUAUGAGCCGCGAGGCCGCCUUCCGUCUAAUGUGCAGCGUUUGCCCGCCAUUAGUACCCAUUGAAAAUCUUCCAAAAGCACCCGCAGACAUAGAAAUUUCCGAAGAAUACUCAAUUGAGGACGACAGCAGCUGUUCCAUCAGCGGCAAUGAGAGUCCACCGCAAGCGCUAGGCGCACCGAUCGCAGGCAAUGCUGGCGCCAUAGAUGAACUGGGUCAAACGCUGAUACGCCGCAAUGUAGCUGGUUCCAGUGUGAGCAUCGCCGAUGGCACCGCAGCAGCAAAUCAAAACCAACGACAUUCCGAUAUUCCAAUAGAUGCCAAAGAAGCAGGCGGCGCUUUCUCCAACUCAAAUUUGCGCGCCUCAGCGCCACCCUCGUCACGUUACAACUCCAAUAACGGCAAAACUGCCAGCGGCGCAGACGGCGGUACGCCAAAUGCCAACACCGGCUGUGGUGAGGGCAUUGCGACCACCGGCAUUGCGCUCAUCGUGACCGGCGCCAAUACGUCGGGAUCGUCGUCACCCACGCCGUCAACCUCUUCCUCGCUACCCGUCACAGUGAUGGCCAGCACACCGAAAUCAGCGGCGCACGCGGCUGUGUCGAGCUUUAAGACGCUCACGCAGAAGGCGUUGCUGCGCUUGAAAUUCCCCACGGAAUUACAUGUCGUCUACUUGGGUGUGCUGCUCACCAUGGUGUUGGCGUUGUUCUCCGUUUUUCUGCUCUACCGAAUACUCGACAUUGAGGCGAAAACGAGCGCAUACCGCUCGCCAACCGAAUUCAACUGGCGCGCCGGCACCGAUGACGAUAUAUUCGCCGAGGCUUUGCGUUGGCAAAAGGAGCUGCAAGCUAAAAGCACUGAAGAAGCUCAAGAUAUACUUACACACAAUUUGGAGCAGAUUGCCAAGGUGCGUCGCAGCUUAGAGACACUCUCAAUGUUGAUCCAUGACAGGAGCUCAGCUUACGAACAGCGCGACGAAAGUGACUGAAUUUAUAUUUUUAAUUAAUUUUAAUAACAAUUUAUAACUGUAAAAGGAAAGGGCUAACAACCUUUCACACACACACACACACACACACACACCCAUACAUACAUACUAUAUAGUUACAACAUACUCUUUAAACAGAUAAACUACGAUUAAAUUAGCGAAGUUAUAAUUAUAAUUAAUGUAAUGAAAUAAAUCCAUAAUAAGCAUAAAUACAUACAAACGGAAGAAGAGAAGUAGAGAGAGAGAGAGCAGUUGGAAGGCAUAAAGUAAAAGAGUGCGACAGUGGCGGGCAAAGAAAGCAGUUUAGAGAGUUAAGGCACAACAGUUGCAAGCUUUGAAGCUUUGAAAAGUAAAGUGAGUGAGUUUCAAAACGUACAAUACUGCGAAGCAAGUGCAUAUAAAUUUAUUUUGAAAUGUGUUUUCUGUCAAUUUAUUAUUUAUUUAAUUGUUAAUAAUUUUUCCUAAACAAUUCUCUGCAUGUGUGGCUGUGCGCUCAAGUCAAACUUACAUGGUUCCUAUUUAACGGUUAAAGUAUUACUUUUGGUAUUGUAGAGUCAUGCUUAUGUGCCAAAGAUAUUUUGGAGAGUUGAUAUCUGUACUGCGUAGAACCGCGAGUUGCAAGGAGCUAAAUUGUACUUUCUCCCACAAUUUACACAUUUCAAAGUGGAUUAGGGGCAAUUUAUGUCGAGAUUAAGCGAGAGUGGGUUUGAAAAAAUCGGUUAAUAUGUAAAAUUGCAAUUUAAUUUAAUAUUUGCUGCAUAUUUUAGGCACCAGUUAAGUAGAAUAAGUAUUAAAGAAAGGAAAAAAAAAUAUAUAUUUUCCACUUAACCCUUAUGUGCAACAGAUAUAAAGUAAAGUGUUGACUCAUAGUAAAAUCUGUGGUCAGCAUAAAUUUGGAAUUUGAAUUUUGCAGAAAUUUUUAUUAUUAAAAAGUUAUUAUUAUUUAGAUUUUUGCCGAUUUCUCGCUUAACUUAACUCUUAUGUGCGCCAGAUUUUUACUAAAGUGCUGACUCAUAGUAAAAUCUGUAGUCGGCAAAAAUUUAUAAUUUGAAUUUUUGAGAAAAAUUUAUUUAUAAAAUUUUAUUACUAAAAAAAAAUUUUUAUUUUUUGUAUGCCGAUUUUUUCACUUAACUUACUUAACCCUUGUUUACAUUUUUAAAAAUAUUUUGCUUUUUCGAAGAAAAAAUUUAUUCAAAAAUAACUGCUGCGCUGCGCCACUGUUGCCAAUGCAUUAAUAAAAAAUUAUAAACUCUAAUUAAGCAAUUAUAGUAUUUUUUAACUAAAAACCGCAAAAGUAGUUUAUUAUUAAGCGAGCGCUAAAAGCAACUAUAAGUGUUAAAGUAAAUAAUAUCUAUCACUGAAAAAAAAAAUAAAUUACAAAUAAACAAAAAAUUAGCCAAGUUGGGUAGCAGUAAAACGCUGGCAAUUUAAAAAAUAUUACAACAACAACAAAACAAAUAUUAAAAAAAAAAAUUAAAUGAAAAAACUUUCAUUAACCAAACAAGACAAGCUGGGACAUGGUGCAAUGUUGGAAACGCACGUGACCAACGCCAGCGUAGGCGCAGACGCAGACGCGGCGUGGCACGCGUUCUUCAAAAUUAUUAAUAUCAUAAAGCCAAUUUUCAUGUGCAAAGCAAAGCGUUUAGUAUUACAAUAAAAAAAAAAAAAUUCCAGAAAAACAGAAAUUCAAACUCAUUUCGGCGCAUUAACCCUCGUUUACACCAGCAGAAUAGAAAUGUAUAAAAAAUGUGAAUAAAUAUAAAGAUUAUAAAAAUUCAAAAUUAAAACUUCAUUGCAUGCCAUUUCCCUGUCCCCUCUUUUUUACGCAGCAGAAUUGCUAUUGAACCUUCACUUUUAGCCGCUUUUCAUUUGCUAGUGUACUACUCUGCUUUUUUUGCACACAAACAACAAGAAGGUGUUGAAGGAAGUGUUGAAGAAGAGAAAUACCCCAAAUAAAAUUAAUUUCGCAUGAAAAUCGAGCGCGAAGUUUACCCUGUGAUACAAAUAAACAAAAAAACAUACAUAUAUCCAGAUAUAUAUGUAUGUGUGUAAUUUUUAUUUACAUUGAGUAAGAAGUUUAAUAUUUGCGAUUUAAAUUGGAAAUCUUUAAAUGUUAGCUGAAAUAUUUUUAAGUAAUUUUUUUCUAAUUUUGAAUUUAUUAUAUAAAUUUAUAAAAUUGCAUUAAAAUUAUUAUAAAAAAAAAAAUUAUAAAAUAAGUUCGUUAAUUUUUUUAUUUUAUAUAAUUUUUAUUUUUGUUUUUAAAAAUUAUUGUCAAAUAAAUAACGGUCGAUAUACCGUCGCUGGCAAUUAGGAAUUUAUUAGUUGUAAUUUGCAAAUAUUUCCGCAAACAAAUUAAGCGUUUAAUUGCAGUAGAUAAUUAAGUAGUUGUGAUUCUUUAAUUCAUUACAUCCCUCACUCCAACCCCCACACCUGCUGCUUUCCUUCUGCUUUGCGCUUUCGAUACUCUUUUGAAUUAACCUUUAAGCUGAUACUAAAUGCUAAGAAAUAUUUAAAAUAAAAUAAAAUUAAAUAUUAUUCUUAAAUUAUUUGUAUUUAUUAUCGUUGUAAUUAAAUGUACUUGUACUUGUAUGUAUAUUUAGUGCAAAUGUGAACGAAACUAAAACAACUAAAAGUAAUCGA